AUGACAAACCAAGGACUGAUAUUUACACGAGCUACCACCGCCUCAGCCGACGCCACUCGUAAUUCUCCCAUAUGGACCAGUUUCCUCGAUGAACACAAGGGCGCUCGACAGGGCCAUGUGUCGUCUGGCAAUAGGGGCUGGAAUAACCAAGUGUACGAUGAGGAGAUACCGGAGACUCAGGCUCCCUGCUUUCAAGACAGCCAUGAUCAAGCGAUCCUUAGGGAUGCUAGUGACAAUGACAGUAAUUUCGCAUGA